UCUGUGUUUCUCUUGGCUUAGAGAAAAAAAGAAAGAAAGAGAGGAUUUAAAGAGCAGAAGAGAUGGAACGUGCAGGUUUCCAUGGCUACCAGAGGCACCCUAAAUCAGGCUCCGGGAUGAAAAUGAUGGUGGCCGCCAACAUCAAUCACUCCUCCUCAAACAGCCAAUCGACGGUGGUGGACGACAUGUCGGAGCGGGACAGUGGGUGCACCGUGCGAGAGCAGGACCGGUUCAUGCCCAUCGCCAACGUAAUCCGUAUCAUGCGCAAGGUGCUGCCGGCACACGCUAAAAUAUCGGAUGACGCCAAGGAGACGAUCCAAGAGUGCGUGUCGGAGUACAUCAGCUUCAUAACGGGGGAAGCCAACGACCGGUGCCAGAGGGAGCAGCGCAAGACCAUAACCGCGGACGACGUGCUUUGGGCCAUGAGCAAACUGGGGUUCGAUGACUACAUCGAGCCUUUAACCGUGUAUCUGCAGCGCUACCGUGAGUUUGAGGGCGAGCGCGGCUCCAUAAGAGGCGGAGACCCAUUGGUGAAGCGGACUGCCGACUUGGGUGGGCAUGCGCUGGGAAUCGCGGCUUUUACGCCCGCAUUUCACAUGGGAGUGGGGGUGGGGCAUCAGCAUCAGCACGGUCACGGUGUGUUUGGAGCAGCCAUCAACGGUGGAUACAGGGCGAUGACCAACAACAACUCAUCCCAACCUGCCCCUACUAUAAAUGACCACCGCAUCUCAUCAGACUCCUACCAACCAACUUACAAGCAUGUAUAGGUUGGUGGUAUGGUAUUAUUAUACACUUUCACUUUUAACAUUAAGAAGAGUCGGGGUAAAUGUGCUUGUUCGCUUUCUCAUCCAUGUCAUUAUCA